AUGAAUCUUCCUACUCCAGCGCCAUUGAAUGUUAAAAGUGGCAGUUUAUCUCAAAAUUGGAAGAUAUUUAAAAGGGCAUGGGACUACUAUGAAAUUGCCUGCAAGUUAGACAAAGAAUCCAAUAUUCUGCGUACUGCAACUCUGCUGACUAUAAUUGGCGCUGAUGCGGUUGAAAUAUAUGAUGGAUUUAAAUUUGAUUCUGAGGAAGACAAGAAAGAUAUCAACAAAAGUCUGAGAUCUUUGGCAAAAACCUGUAAUUUCGGAGCGUUGGAAGAUAGUCUGAUACGAGACCGAAUAAUUGAUGGAGUACCCGAUAAUGACCUUAGACGAAGAUUGUUACAAGAACGAGAUUUAACUCUGGCAAAGUGUAUUGAUCGCUGUCGAGCUCAUGAGUCGACAAUGAUUCGCCUGGAAACAAUGAAGUCAUCGAUGGAGACUGUCAACGCAACUGAAAGCAAUCAAACAAAGAAGACCCAACUGAAGCCUGUGACUGAAAGUGCUAAUGAGAGCAAACUCAAUAUUCAUUUUAUGGUUAUAAAACAACCUUUAGUACCAUUAUUGGGAUUUGGGGCGAUUCAAGAACUGAAUUUAGUUACUGUCAAUUAUGAAAAUAUCUUUUGUACCAUUUCCAAAUCAUGUAAUUUUGAAAAAUUUUCCAAGAUGUCGCUCAGCCAAAUUUUUGCCGAGUUUGCUGAUAUAUUUACUGGCACGGGCAAACUUGAAGGAAAAUUGAAACUGGAAGUUGAUAAUACGGUUACUCCAUUUCAAAUGCCAGUGCGAAAAGUAAUAUUAUCACUUCAAAGCAAGGUUAAGAAUGAACUGGACAGAUUGGUGAAUGAGGGUAUUAUAGCCCCUGUAGAUUGUCAUACGCCAUGGAUUUCAAAUUUGAUUGUAGUAUCAAAGAAAUCGGGAAGUAUUCGUUUAUGCCUUGACCCAAAGCCUUUGAAUAAGGCUCUUAAACGAAACAAUCAUCCAAUGCCUACUAUUGACGAUGUAUUGCCUCACUUGCACAAGGCAAAAGUAUUCACCAUUGCCGAUGUUAAAAAUGGUUUUUGGCAUAUUGAACUCGAUGUUAAAAGUAGUUAUCUGACAACAUUUGGUACUCCAUGGGGUCGCUAUAGGUGGCGAAGAAUGGCAUUCGGACUUAAACCGUCCCCUGAAGAGUUUGUGCGCCGUCUGAACUUUGCUCUUAAUGGUUUAAGUGGAGUUAUGCCAGUUACCGAUGAUAUCUUGAUAUAUGGUGUGGGUGAUACCAUAGAAGAGGCAACGCUCGAUAACAAGAAAAAAUUUUAUGAUCUUCUACAAAGAUGUAGAGAGAAGGGUAUUAAAUUGAAUAAAGAUAAAUUACAAUAUAUGAAAACAGAAGUUGCUUACUUGGGUCACGUUAUCAGCAAAGACGGUUUAAAACCAGAUUUGGCAAAAUUGGAAGGUAUCAGAGAUAUGCCUCAUCCGACUGAUAAACAAGGGGUGCAAAGAAUUUUGGCUACUACAAAUUUUCUACAGCGAUUUGCUCCGAAAUUAUCUCAAAUUAGUGCACCAAUCAGAGAACUUCUUAGAAAAGAUAAUGAGUUCGUAUGGGACAAAAAAGUACACGGUACAUGUUUCAAUACAAUGAAAGAGACUCUGAUGAAAUCUCCUAUUUUGCAAUAUUAUGAUGAGAAAGCCCCUAUUGUCCUACAAUGUGAUGCUUCUUCAAAGGGCUUGGGAGCUUGCUUGAUGCAAAAUGACCACCCUGUUGCUUAUGCUUCACGUGCUCUGACAUCUACUGAGUGCAAUUAUGCCCAAAUAGAAAAAGAACUUUUGGCGAUUUUGUUUGGCAUGGAAAAAUUUGAACACUAUGUGUAUGGAAGGACUGUACGAGUUGACUCUGAUCACAAACCACUCGAAACUAUUACUAAAAAGCCAUUAGUAGAUGCACCAAAACGACUACAAAGAAUGCUUCUUCAAUUACAGAAAUAUGACUUUGUGGUUAAUUAUAAAAAAGGUGCAAAUAUGUUCAUUGCCGAUACCCUGAGCCGAGCAUAUAUUGAUAAAAGUACUGACACGAUUGGUAAAGGUGUUAUAUUUCAUCUGUCACUGGCUAAUGAAAUUGAAGAAAUUGAUAUGUUAAAAGAUAUUCCAGUGUUGGACAAAACAAUGCAUGUUUUACAAAAAUCUACAGAGAAAGAUUCGACAAUGCAAACUCUUAGAGCCAUCAUUGAAGAUGGAUGGCCGAUUACCAAGAAACAGCUUCCACGGUCCAUGCAAGAAUAUUUCAAUUUUAGAGAAGACCUCACUGUUCAAAAUGGGCUUAUUUUGAAAGGAUGUCGUAUUGUGGUACCAGAAUCUGCCAAACAAUAUGUUCUGCAGCGCAUACACGCAAGUCACAUUGGGAUACAGGCUUGCAUUCGUAGAGCAAGAGAGGUUCUGUUCUGGCCAAAAAUGGCCAGUGACAUACAUGAUUAUGUCUCGUCAUGCACUACUUGUCGAGUGUUUCAACCUAAUCAACAAAAAGAGCCGAUAAUUCACCAUGAGAUUCCUUCUCGACCAUGGCAAAUUAUUGCGUCCGAUUUAUUUGAAUUGCAGGGCAGAAACUAUCUGGUAACAGUAGAUUUUUACUCCAAUUUUUGCGAAGUUGACAGACUUCAUACGACCACAUCUGCAGAAGUUAUCAAAGCAUUAAAACAACACAUGGCUAGACACGGCUUACCAGAAAAACUGAUUUCUGACAACGCUCCUCAAUAUAGUAGCGAAGAAUUUAGAAAAUUUGCUGAAGAUUAUGAAUUUCAGCAUGUUACAAGCUCUCCUACAUAUAGCCAAAGCAAUGGUAAAGCAGAGUCCGCCGUUAAACAAAUGAAGAGCAUAAUGAUAAAAGCUAUUGAGAGUAAGAGUGAUGUAUUUCUUGCAUUGCUCGAUUGGCGUAACACUCCGAGUGAAGGAAUCCCAGGAUCACCAGCACAAAGGUUAUUUGGAAGACGCACAAGAACUCUGCUUCCAACAUCAAAAUCUCUUCUCCGCCCGAAAAUUGUUACGAAUAUCGAACCACAUUUAAAGAAGCGUAAAGAAAUCCAAGCUAAAUAUUACAACAGGGGAACGAGAGAGCUGAUGAAAUUGUACCCGGGUCAGUUGGUCAGAAUGAAGCCGGACCGUGGGAAAAGAUGGCGCAAAGGUAGAAUUGAACGACAAGUUGACAUCAGAUCGUAUAUGAUCCGAACUGAAGAUGGUGGUCUUUAUCGAAGAAAUCGAAGGCAUUUGAGGCAUACAAGAGAACCUGAUGAGUUCCAACCCUUUACAAAGAAUUAUGAUUACGAUUGUAGUAUUUCUGAUCCAUACACAUCUUCCUAUAACAAUGGUGGUAUAAAAACACAUGACCCAAUUAUUAAUGAUAAUAUUCCCGAUAGCAGUGUUUUAGUUAAUCCUAGUAUAUCUGAUCAAAAAGAAAGUAGAUCAAGCCCCCCUCUUCGCAGAUCUACACGCACUGUUAAAAUACCUGAUAGAUAUGGGUAUUGA